AUGUCACAGCCAUUGACCACAACGAAGCAGCCAAGGACUGUGAAGGGUGUGCCUGGCGUGCGCAUGACCCAUGAAGAGCGAAUGUCUUUCAUGGAGCAGUCCCUCAACCUCCACGUUGUUUCCGAGUAUCAAAACACUGACCACGCGAGGAGGGCACUAAAUCGCGAGCUAUGUCAAUUGGACCAUCGAUCAUCUGGCCCCUUCAGAUGGAUCAAAAUCGGAAUCCACUACAACAGCAACGACCGGCUCACUGCAGUCAACAAUCUCGUAUCUCGAUUGAUCGAUUGUCGCAAGAUCAAGGGACUUUCAUCGAUCAGACACGAUCUCACUUCGGCGAGCAUUCCACGUCAACUCAAUCGACAAGCUCGUCGACAACAAAAAGCCUCACCUGUCCCACGUUCGAUCGUCUCGUCAGCUCCUCCGUCUGGUGUAGUACUGAAGGUCCCCAAUUCGUUCCUGCCGUCUGGCCAACAGCCCCCGGCACCCAAACGCCGAGCUGGUGGCUAUAACAACAAUAUCGACAAGAACGUGCAUGGUACCAUCGUGCUGCCGGCAAAUGAUGUCCGAUGCUUGGUCGCUCCGUCUAACGUUCCCAUACCUGACGGCCCCAAAGACAAGUCCACAAGACAGCCCAGUCAUAUACCUCUCGUGAAGGUUGUUGCAGCUACUGGAAUGGCGGUGGAUCGGGCCGAGCGUGUAAAGGCAAUCAAUCUAGCUUGGCCUGCAAUUGGCACACGUGGGGUCGUUCUUUGGCAUGCAUACGGUUGCAUCCGCUACAACAAGUCCACAGAUACUGUACAACUGCAAAGUUUACUUUCAUCACUAACUGGUGUCGACAAGAACCAAUAUUGUAGUGAGAAAUGGUACCCAGCUGAUUACACGAGAGAAAAGAAUGACUUGUUGCAAUCUCUUGCUGAAGAUGAGCAGCGAACGAUUGGGCAACGGGUAUAUGUCAGUCUUGAUCGUGCAAUUGCGUGGGGAGUACCAAGAGGAAUUGCAGCAUCCCUUCAAUACAUGAGAGAUGUUUGCAAUACCUCCUCGAAGGAAUAUCGAAUUCUCGCUCAUGGUCACCUCGCCGACGGAAAGGAGCUCAAACUUUCGCAUCGAUACGAUAAACUCAGUGGCAUUCUGUAG